AUGAUUCCCAUUAAGAGCAUUGUCCUUACGCUUUGGAUCACAGCCACAAUGGGCUCCAGGCUCCCCGCCGGUUCGUGGGAUUCCCAUAUCCACGUUAUUGAUCCCGAAAGAUUCCCUAUGGAUGAAGAUCGAGAUUAUACGCCCAAACCUGCGACUGUUGCCAACGCUACUGAGUUCCAGACUGCACGUGGUGUCAAUCACGCGGUCAUAGUCUUGCCCAGCGUCUACGGCACCAACAACUCUGUCCUCAUCGAUGCUCUACGUCAGUUCAAGGGCAAGUACCGCGGUGUUGCAGUUGUAGACCCCGACAGUGUAACGGAAGAGGAGCUCAAUGAGCUGCAUGAGGUUGGCGUCCGUGGUCUGCGUGUCAACUUGAACAACAAUACCGACGAAGACAUCAUCGAGGAAGUCAAGAAGAAUGCCGCCAUCGCCAAAGCCCGCAACUGGGUCGUGCAGCUCUGGAUCCCCAUCAAGACAUACGUGGGCCUGCACUCCAUCAUCCCUGAUCUGGGGGUGGCAUUCGUCGCUGAUCACUUUGCCCACGCGGAGGUGGGUUCCAAGACCAACAAGACGGUCAACACCAUUGACCCGUAUAAGUCAGCUGGAUUCCCAGAGGUGAUAGACCUUGUCCAACGUAAGCUAUUGUUUGUCAAGCUCUCUGCACCUUACCAGAAUUCAAAGGCCGCGCCUUUGUAUGAGGACAUGCGCGUUGUGGCCGAGAGCCUGAUCACAGCGGGACCAGACAUGGUUGUCUACGGAAGUGACUGGCCUCAUACUUCCAGCAAAGAAGGAAACGCGGCAGUGGGCGGACGUCUGAACCCACAGGAGUACAGAAACAUCAAUGAUGCCGCCCUUGUUGAGAUCGUCAAGGACUGGGCAGGCAGUGCAGCUCAAGUGCGCAGAAUCUUCGUCGACAAUCCACGGCGUCUAUGGCAAUGGUACUCCGAGGACUAG